AACGCCGAAAAACAGCUGUGCAGUUUAUUUGUAUUUUGAGUGAAUUGGAAAAAAUAACACUACAGAAAUACUGAAACAACAUGUAAUGUAAAAGCAUUUCAAACAGACUUGAUGGCAGCCACAAUAUGAUACCCUGGAUGCGCGAAAAGUUCAACGAGAAGCGCGCCAAAUGGUUAGCACGCAACAAGCAGCGCAGCAACGCAACAAACGAAACCGAAACAAAUUCCGAUUCAAGUCGACGAACUGUCACCAGCAGCAGAGUCAGCGGCAGUGCCAAUGGCAGUGCCAGCGGCAGCGACGCAGGCAGCAGUCUUAGCCUGCGCAGCGGCAGCCAGGUGCAGACGACGGAGAUGGAAACGCAAACGGAUGUCGCUGACGUUGGCGUCGCAGUCGGCGGCGGCAUUUGCGUUCUGCGCACUCCGUCGCCGGCACGCAGGCGGCGCAUUCAAUUGGAGCUGCAGCUGCAGCAGGAACAGAAGGCCAGGCAUGCGGAACAGCAGGCGAAUGCUUUGUUUCUUAGGAAAAACCAUGCCAGGCUAGCGUCAGCCUCAACCUCGGUUGUUGAUGAUCCGGAUGUGGGCAAGGCUGGCGCAACCAUAACCGUGCGUGUUAUCUGUCCUAGUUCCCGUGUCCUUAUCUUCAAAACGGACAUCAACAAGCGCCUGAACGAUCUCAAGAGUGAAGUCAUCUUGGAGCUGAGCGAUGAUCCAGAGUCGAUACAGCUAUUUGCGCCCGAUGUGCGUCACCUGAGUCCACGCUAUCGCCUCUUCAAGGCGGAAUACUGUGGCGGGGAACUCAACGAGGCGCAGACACUUGCUCAGCUGCAUGUGCGCGACAAUGAGACCUUCAUCCUGUCACCCAGGCGAAACACCCUGCCACAGACUGUGACGCGCACUCGCGAGGUGCCUGGACCAAACGAUGCGUUGCUGGAGAGUGCAACGCGCUUUGUGCACGCCAACACCAACUCGCUGCCUAUCAUCGACAUCAAUGAGAUCUUUCAGCAGUCGAAUAUCCAAUACGAUGUGCGCAAGGUGCUCAUCUCGCUCGCUCAGGCUUCGGCUGCCAUUAUCGGAGCUGGGCCGUUUGCACCACGUUUGAUUAGCAUGCUGAAGCAGCGCUUGGUCAAUCGUCGCAAUCAUCAGGCGGAUACGCUGCAGUGCCUCGUUGACAUGGGCUUCACCCGAGAGAUUUCCGCCCAGGCUUUGCGUUCCAAUAAUGGCGUAUAUUCAACUACCUUGGAGUGGCUCAUACAGAAUCAAAGGGAGGAGGAGGGCGGCUCAGGCUCCGUAUCGACGCCCAUGAAUAUGCAUCAAAGUGUCUCCUCCAUAUCGCCCUCAACCAUAGUUACCGAUAAUGAGACCAUUGAGAACACGGCUGCUCUUUUGCAAAUUGUGCGCAUCUACAGCCAUCGCGAUACGCCGCCAAAUGACGAGAUUGUCGAGUCCUUGACGGAAAUGGGCUUUGAAGAGGAUGCCGUGCUUGCCGCGCUCAGGAAGACGGGCAAUAACAAGGCCUCCGCCUGUGACUGGCUGUGCGAAAAUCGCUCGGGCAGUGUCAUUGAGCUGCGCGAGGGUCUCGCCCCCGAUUCCCCAAUACUUAAAGUAAUAUUGGAAAUGCCGCAAGUGCAAUUGACGCUGAGCAAUCCGAAAACCUUUUUGGCCUUUUUGGCCAUAUUGGAGAACGAGAAUGCGAUACGCGUGUGGCGCGGCGACAAUGACACCACCUCCGUUAUCACACAUAUCCUGCAAAAGUAUCACGAGGAGAAGCAUGUGAUGGGCAUCAAUCAGUUCUACGUCAAUCGCUGGUGAAGUCGAAUGCUUUUUAAUAGUGGCCUAAUUAUUGAGAUUAACCAAAUUCUAUUUAUACAUGCAUAUAUACAUAUACAAUAUAUACAAUUACCUAUAGAGAGAGAGAGACAAGCAAACACAGACACCAAAACACACACGCACAUACACACACACACACACACACACACAUACAUACAUACACUCAUCUAUAUAUACAUACAUAUAUGUAUAUAUACUACUUAUAUAGCUACGAGCAGUACAUAUUUUACAGUUAAGCGCAUUGAAGCCUCAAGUAUUGUAUAAAGAGUAUUUUUGUAGCAAAAAAAAAAAAAACAAAAGCAAAAAAAAAAAAAAUAAUUAAAAAAAAAAAUUAAAGCAAAAAGUAAAUUAAAAAAAAAAAUAAAAUAAAAUAAAUUGCACCAAGCCAAAAAUGCAAAAUGCUUCGCCUACACAGAGCACAUUGGCUGCAAUCGACAAACGCUUACCGAUCAGUACGAAAUGCAUUAGUCUAUAAAAUAUACAUAUUAUAUAUAUAAUAUAUCAUUUAUCAUCUAGUCAUGCCAUGUUUUCUAAUCUCUCGUCAUUUAUCUCGAAUGUAUUGUGAAACUCGCACAAAACUUGUCCCACAACUAUUUUAAUCCUAUUAUCGUAAAAGAAAAUUUUAGUUGUAAAAUUUGUCAAACUAAAGAGUGAAAAUUAACAAAUGCUAAUGGAGAGCGCAUUAAGUAUUAUUUUGUACAACAAAUAUUGUAUCUCUAUUAUUUAUAAGUAAUAAAAAUAAUUAGUUUUUGUAAAAUUAAAA